UACCAACAUUCAAAGACGUACGCGAUUGCAGCGGAUUGCAGCGAUUGUCGGCGAGCGUACAAAUUUCUUUAGCACUUUAUAGUUUUCUAACCAGUAUCUACAAAAAAUGCCGGAGAACGUGCUAAAUGGUGAUCAUAUUGACGUAAAUGGUGCGCCUCAAGAUAAUGAUGAAGAGAAUAUUGACAACGACGUCCAUUUUGAACCUAUAAUUUCAUUACCCCUGAUAGAAGUAUCCAACAAUGAAGAAGACGAGAUAGAAAUGUUGAAGCUACGGGCAAAGUUAUAUCGUUAUGAUACAUCGAGCAAUCCUGCGGAAUGGAAGGAACGUGGCACAGGAGAAGUCAAACUACUAAGACACAAAACGAAAAAUACAGUUAGAGUAGUGAUGCGCAGAGAUAAAACUCUCAAGAUCUGUGCGAAUCAUUUCAUCACUCCAUGGAUGGAAUUGAAACCAAAUUGCGGCAGUGAUAGAGCAUGGGUUUGGAGCGUACUUGCCGAUUACGCUGAUGAACAACUCAAGCCAGAAUUACUUGCGAUACGUUUUGCAAAUGCUGAAAAUGCAUCAAUGUGGAAGGAAGCGUUUGAAAAAGCUAAGAAGAUUGUAGGAUCUGAAUGUGAGAUUUAUGCUGGCAAAAGCAAUUUGGAACAAAAGCGUAUUGAAAGUGACAGCGAAUCCAGCAGUGAUGUAAGUUAUAGCGAAAGUACUGAUAACGAAGACCAAACGAAAUCGUUGAAGCGGACUGAAGACCGUGAAGCGAUUUCUCAGCAAAAGGAUAUCGAGAACGAAACGACAGAAGAGAAACAAGUAAUAACGAAUGAAGAAAAAAUAAUCAACGAGAUCGCAAAGUUAAAAGUGAAAGACGAAGGUGAGAAGCAAUAAUUGUAUUCGGUGACACGAAAA